ACGCAGUGCUUGCAGCCUUGCUCCACCCCUGGAAACUCGUGAGAUUCUUAGGCUCAAUUUUAUGGAAUAUAACAUGCAUUCAUCUAAUGUGUACAUUCUGAUGAGUUUUAACAAAUAUAAACAGAACCACAAUUAAGACAGAGACCGUGCCAUCACCCCUGGAAGUUCCCUUGCACCCUUUGUAGGUAGUCUCCUCUGCAGCCCCCACAUCAGACAAGUAUGGAUCUGCUUUCUAUUAUGGCAGGUUCGUUUUGCCUGUAUUCAAGCUUUACAUCAAUGGGUACACACGCUAUGUGCUUUUGGAUGUGUGGUUUCCUUUGUUCAUCAUAAAGCUUUUGGGAUUCAUUCCAGUUACUGCAGGUCAGUAAUUUAUUCCUCUUUAGCAGGCAUACUGGCCACCUCUUGUUCAUCCUGUCCGAUCACCGUGAUGUCACCAAUGUAAUCAAUCAUUGUGAUGAUGUAUGGGGAUGUCCAGACGAUCCAGAUCUCUUUGAACUGUACUGUGACAAAGGGCAGCCUGUGGUGCUGUACCCGAGAGAAUUCGUCUAUCAAUGGGUAGAUGUUCUCGACAGAACUCUGGGAAGGCAGAGAAGCAGAGGAAGUCAACCCAAGUGUGAUCUAGGCCAACUCCAUGGCCCAGUGGGGCCAGCAGUAGAAGAUGGCAGGUGAAGGCAGCAAUCUAAACUACAGGAUGGUCACAGGAGAUGAGUACCCAGAGGACCAGAGCCCAGAGGAGCAGCUUUUCUAUGAGUUCAUUUUCAGCCUCUUCAGAGAAAAUAAGGUGGAGAUUGCAAGUGCAAUAACGAAGCCAUUUCCUCUCCUUAUGGGCCUCCGUGACCGUGGCUACAUCCCUGAGCAGAUGUAUGAACAUUUUCAAGAAGCUUGUAGAAAUCUGGUUCCAGUGGAGAGAGUGGUGUAUGAUGUUCUCAGUGAACUGGAGAAGACAUUUGACAAGACAGUUCUGGAUGCGUUGUUCAGCAAGGUUAACCUGAAGGCCUAUCCUGAUUUACUAGAGAUUUGCAGAAACUUCCAAAAUGUGAUUCAUGAAAACUUCCAUUACCAACUUAUUGAUGAUGAAGAGACAAAAGAGAUGCUCAACUUCCAGUUAAGCUGUGAACAAGGUGACGCCCUACCUAGAGCUAGAAUCCCAGAGCAUCUCAGUGAUGGACAGCAGAUGACUACACGGAAAGAAGAAUCAUCUCAUGGCGCAAACAAUAUAGUGCAAACCCAGGAACUUGCAAAUGAAUGUGCCCAAGAAUCUCAACAAGAAGUUUCCCGUGAUCACCGAGCUCUUGAAAGGACUAACAGAGAUGAUUCCAAAGAGAUGCCCAAACUGCUACCAGAUCUACAAAUGGAUGAAGGAGGAAAAUCAGAAGAAAUGCCUGUGUUACUACCUUAUGAUGCUGCAGAAGUGAUCUGUGAUUCUGAAGCUCCGCAAAUGAUUCAUGGAGGACUGGAGAAGGUGCUCAGCCUACUACCAAGCGAAGGAGAAGAGGAUGGCAGUGCCUGUUUGGAGCCCUGUGAUGAAGAGGAACUCCAGGAAUUCUUGAGCUCCCCACCAAGCUGUGGAUCAGUGUCCUGUGAUCCUGAAGGUCCCCAAAUGACCGAAGAACUAGAGGAGGUGCCUAGCCAACGACUAUGUGUUGGAGAAGUGUCUGUUGAACUAGAAGCUCCCCAAUCGAAUACAGAAGGAGAUUCAGAAGUGCCUAACCCCAGCCUACUAUCCUUUGAUGGACAAGAUGUGCCGGGAGGUUCAGAAGCAAGGCCUGAAUGUAGCCCAGCACGUGACACAACAGAUACUGUGGAUCUUGAGAACAACUCUACUUUGGGAAAACCCAGGAGGAAAAGAAAAAAAAAGAAAGGUCAUUCUUGGUCAAGAAAUAAAAGGAAGUGUCAGAGUUACAUACGUCAAAAAGAUGUGCCGGGAGGUUCAGAAGCAAGGCCUGAAUGUAGCCCAGCACGUGACACAACAGAUACUGUGGAUCUUGAGAACAACUCGACUUUGGAUAAACCCAAGAGGAAAAGAAAAAAAAAGAAAGGUCAUUCUUGGUCAAGAAAUAAAAGGAAGUGGCAGAGUUACAUACAUCAAAAAGGUACAAAGCUAUCAACACGUGGAAAAGAGAAGUGUUCCUGUGUUAUGUGCUUUUCCCAAGAUUCACUAGGAGAUACCGUGGCUCUUGGAAACAGCUCUACUUUGGGAAAUCUCAAAAGGAAAACACAAGAAAUAAAGAAAUGGCAUUCCUGGUCAAGAAAUAAAAGGAAGUGGCCGAGAAACAUACAUCGAAGAGGGUCAAGAAAUAACAGAGAAGUAAAUGUGAAUUUUCGCUCUCAAAUACUUCCUGUGACCUGUGGUGAGGUCAAGGGGAUGUUAUAUAAGAAGAAAUUGAAACAAGGCAUCCACAAGAAGUGUAUACAGAGUGAGGAUGGAAAUUGGUUCACCCCCAGGGAAUUUGAAGUCGAAGGAGGCCAUGCAAGAGCAAAGUACUGGAAGCUGAGUGUGCGCUGUGGUGGGAGGCCCCUAAAAUGGCUGAUAGAGGAAGGAUUUCUACGUAAUCCUCCAAGAAUAUACCGUAGGAGAAAAAAGCGGAGAAUACUGGAGUCUCCUGACCCUUGUGCUAGAAAUUCAGACGUAUGUGAGAUCUGCUUGGAUGGAGGAACACUCUUCUGCUGUGACACAUGUUCGAGAUCCUUUCAUGAGGACUGUCACCUACCACCUGUGGAAACUGAGAGGAGCCCGUGGAGUUGCACCUUCUGCAGGACGGAGGCGUUUUUAGGAAAUCAGGAGUGUCACAGGGAAUCUGAGGUCCUGGAGAGGCAGAUGGGACCUAAAGAGCAGUUGAAAUGUGAAUUCCUCCUCUUGAAAAUCUAUAGCCAUUCAGAAAGCUCAUUUUUUGCGAAGAUUCCAUAUUAUUAUUAUGAUAAAGAGUCUUCUAAAAACAUAAAGGAACCCAUGUGGUUGGACAAAAUCACCAAGAGGCUGAAGGAGCGGAGUUACCCCCAGGUGGAGGGGUUUGUGCAGGAUAUGCGCCUCAUCUUUCAGAACCACAAGGCAUCUUACAAGUACAAUGACUUUGGCCUAAUGGGAAUUAGACUGGAGAAAGAAUUUGAGAAGAAUUUCAAGGAAGUGUUUGCUAUUCAGGAUACAAAUGAGAACAGUUCAGAUGUAGUAGAUGCUGUUGGUACCCUGGAAAGUCCCCUUUUGGGGGCGGACUUCUCCUCCAGCUGCUAUGAGAGCGUGAGCGCGAAUCCUAACCAGUAGACCACCAGGGAGCCACUGCAGCUGCUAUGAGGAUUGGCAGCCAGUGCCACCCCUCCCCAGAGUAUUGCACUGCACCAAAAUGAGCCUCCUUCACCUGGAGGGUACACUUCUUGACCUGGGCUACAGCCCCAGGCCCCAGGGUGGAACCAAUGAGCGAUGUGAUUCAUACUCCUUGUUGUCAUGCAGCUGCCUGCCCGUCUGUCCCCUCCUGCCUACCCCUAAGAAGAAAGAAGAGUCUGUGAGACUGUUCCAUUCAGGGACAUUGCUUCACCUUUAUGCCAUCUCCUUGUUUGGCCCCAAAGGAUGGUUGGCUAGCCAAUGAUGGAUAAGAGUCCUCAAGAAAGAAACAACCUAAGACAGGCACAGUCGUGUGGGGACCACCAGGAGAAUUCACGGGGUUGAUAGCGGUGGGCACAGCCCCCCACCCUCCCCCGUCUAAAGAGAACUUCUGUCUCUGUGGCUGUAUUCCUUCCCACAACCUGCUUGGGAAGUAAUUCUAGAUGUGAUAACAUCAGUUCUCCAUCUCAGUAAGUUUUCAACAUGAAGAUUUUGUCUCCUGGGGAGUUACAAACAAUAAUUAUUUAUAUAUCAUGGGACUGCUGACAGGCAAGGGUGAUUGGUUUGACCAGUUUUCUGGUGUGAUGUAUGAGACUCACAGACAGUAGUAAAAACAAUGCUACUUCCUUG